GAAACAAUAAAAUUGUCAGCUCAGUGCUCUAAUAAAUAGUCGCUCUCAAAGGAAAAAGUCAACUGCUGUGAAUAUUUUUGAUAAAUUUCCAAUUAAAAACUUAAGAAUAAACAAUGACUGGAAUCAUGGAUACCGUAGAAAUGCCAAAAUUACCCGAAAAUCAAAAAUCCUUUGCUGGAAUACCCGAAGCAAUAUUUUUAGAAGAAAUUGACAGCUUUAUGAGUCAACCAGAAAAUGAAGAAAAUUGCGAAAAAGUUUUGCAACGUCUUGAUGAACAGCACAGUAAAUACAGAUUUAUGGCAUACAAUUUAGAGGCACGCAAACGUAAACUGAAGUCUCAAAUACCCGAUUUGCAGAGAUCACUGGAAAUGAUUGAUGUAUUGCGCAAAGAAACCGAGGAACGUGAAACCCAAUUCUUGUUGAGCGAUCAAGUGUUCAUUAAAACCAUUGUGCCACCCACCAAGACAGUGUGUCUAUGGUUGGGAGCCAGUGUUAUGUUGGAAUAUCCUCUAGAUGAGGCUGAAGUAUUGUUGAAACAAAACAUGACCUCCGCCAUAUCGAACUUGAAGACUGUUGAACAUGAUCAAGAUUUCUUAAGAGAUCAAAUUACGACCACCGAGGUGAAUAUGGCUCGUGUUUAUAAUUGGGGUGUCAAAAAGCGCCAAGCUGCCGUUAAAGCUGCUGGUGGUGCCUCAACUUCAUCGUAAUAGACAUUUUUAAAGAAGCAAAUGUGUGAUUUCACUUCUUUUUCAUAAUGUAUGCUUGGAAUACUGUAUCACCAAUAUAGAUUCUCGACGUUGAUUAUUAGCUACAACAAAA